AUGAUGGAGAAGGCACAGGCUGAGGUAAGGCGGGUGUUUGAUGGACAAGGGAAUGCGGAUGAGGAACUAAAAUUCUUAAAAGGAGUAGUGAAAGAAACCUUGAGGCUACACCCUCCUCUUCCUCUACUAAUUCCAAGGGAAUGUAGGGAGAUGUGUGAGAUUAAUAGAUAUGAGAUACCCAAGAAGACUUUAAUCAUUAUUAAUGCAUGGGCCAUUGGCCGAGAUUCUAAUUAUUGGGUUGAAGCUGAGAGAUUUUACCCAGACAGAUUCCUUGAUAGUUCAAUUGAUUACAAGGGUACUGAUUUUGGAUAUAUCCCAUUUGGUGCUGGAAGAAGGAUGUAUCAUGGCAUACUGUUUUCUUUACCUAUCAUUGAACUGUCACUGGCACAUUUGCUCUACCAUUUUGACUGGAAACUCCCAAAUGGAAUGAAGGCAUAG